CUCAUUUUUUUUAUUCUAGUCAACAGCUGAAGACGUCUAGUUUUGAAUCAUUGUUAUAAAUACUGCAAAUGAACAACACAACGACAUCCCCGAACGUCGACCAUGUUUACUUUGAAAAUAGAACGCGCGUUGAUGAGGACCUGGUUUUAGCAAUGAAACCCUACCUACUUCUGAUACUGUUAAUUCAGGGACUGUUGUCUACAGUCGGGAACCUUAUCAUCUGGCUGAUGACUAUUACGAUGCCAACACUGAGGAAGAAGACAUGUGUUUAUUUCAUCCUUUGUCUGAGUUUCAGCGAUCUUUUAUUCGGAUCUUCAACAAUUGAUCAUUAUUUCCAGAGCAAACUGGACUUCAUUCCAACAUGGAGAUGUUUCUUAGCGGCGGUUGUGUCCUUGUCUGCAUUCUUGAUAUCACUGACACAAACAUUUCUAAUUUGUCUGGAACGUACGCUUCACAUUAUGCACUUCCCUCAUUCGACAUCUUUACUAACGGAUAAAAACCGUACGACCACAGUGUUGGUGACGUGGGUGGUCUGUGUAGGAUAUGUCUGUGUGUUGGUGGCUAUUGCGUCACGAGAAUGUACCAUCGAGGAUAGCACCAUUGAGGAUAUUCUUAGCAAUUGUACCUAUGUUAAAAACGGAGUGUUUUUCUUUUUGGCUCCCAUGUAUACUGGUGUUAUAUGCCUGUAUAUUUACCUUCUAUAUAAAAUUAAGAAGCUACAGAAAUCGGUGCGUGAUCUCAAGUUUAACCCAGAAAACCCCAAUGAAGCCGCAAUCCAGAAUUCAAGUCUGAAGCUUUUCAGGAACAUUUUCAAGACGUUGUCCGUUUUUGUUAUGAUGUAUGUUGUUUCGUUUACGCCAUUUCUAAUCAUUCUUACUCAGAACUUUUUUUUCGGGAACUAUGACAGAAACAUGUUUGCUAUUGUAGCGAUUUUGAUGGGUUUGAAUAGCUUAUGUUCACCAUUACUCUACAUUUGGAGGUUCGAAGAGGUGCGUCGCUUUAUUUAAAUGUUGAUUCAUUAUAUUGUCCACAAGCGUACGGUCAACCGAACAAAAAAACAUAAACUAAUUUUUAAAAUCACAAUUGUUGCAGCUCAAAACGUAACAAAUUGAAGAACAAAACAUUGCUUAUGUUUGUUAUUCAGACUACAAUGUGUAUAUCGUGACACAAUGUACCGGAUAGUAUUGCUAUCGUCAUCGUGUCGUUCUGUUUGACGAUAAAAACAUUAAUACUAUGACAAACUUAAGAAGAUGCGAUUACAGAGGAGAACUAUUAAAAUUGCAUUGUUUUGAUUACAAAGGGGAGCUGUUGAAAUUGCUUUGUUUUGAUUACAAAGGGGAGCUCUUAAAAAUUGCUUUGUUUUGCUUCGGUGAUCAAAGCUUGUUACAUAUUUAUUUGUAUACAAUUGUUACAUAUAUAUAAUGUAAGAAAGUCAUUUAUAUAAUGUAUAAUUUAACAAAAUGGUGAACAGGCUGUAUAAUGUUAGAAAAUUGAUACAUUUUGUGUAAUGUAAGAAAAUAGUUACAUGCUUUAUAAUGUAAUAGAAUCGUUUACAUCCCGUAUAAUGUAAUUAAAUUGUGCACAUCCUGUCUAAAAAUAUGUUACAUGCUGUAUAAUGUAAUACAAUUGUUACAUGCUGUAUAAUGUAACAAAAUUGUUACAUGCUGU